CCCGAGGGUCCAAAGUGUGUAAACGCGAAAAAAGAUGAAGGAAAGAAUCCCCAUUUUCCCAAGUAAAGCACCACCACCGCCCUUCUCGCUAAUCCUUCCUUUCUCUUCCACCCCUCUCCAAUUUCCAUUACUCCAAUUCCCAACCCCAAUCUAACCCCAAACCAAAAACCAACCCCCACGCGCCGCCCCACGCGACACCACCACAUGGACUCGCCCAACAUUACCGACAAGCCGCAGACUCAAGCGAAGAGCCAGGACCCGAAUCCGAAGCCCGCCGCCGUGGAUGCACAGAACGGGGACAAGAAUCGGGCAAGCUUCGUCAUGGAGUCGUCGGAGCCUCCGCCGCAGCCUCAGCCUCAGCCGGAGAUGACUACCAAGAGAUCGGUCCAUUGGAGCCCCGAAUUGGUCACUCAAUCCGGCUCCAACAAUACGAGCUACGCCUCCGAGGGAUCGGGCGCCUACGUCGGUCAAUCCCCGGCGUUGACCCCGGCCUUCUCGAUCAAAGAUUCGAUGGAGACUGUAAAGAGUGUGUUCGGUAGAUGGAGAAGUGCGGUGGGGGAAGCUACGAAGAAGGCUGAGGAUCUCGCCGGAAACACGUGGCAGCACUUUAAAACGAGCCCUAGUUUUGCCGAUGCUGCUAUGGGAAGAAUUGCACAGGGAACAAAGGUUCUAGCAGAAGGUGGUUACGAGAAGAUCUUUCGAUCAACCUUUGAGACAGCUCCUGAGGAGCAGCUUCAGAAUUCAUUUGCGUGUUACUUGUCUACGUCAGCAGGCCCAGUCAUGGGAGUUUUAUAUGCAUCCUCUGCAAAGAUUGCUUAUUGUAGUGAUAAUCCCAUAUCCUACAAAGCUAAUGACCAAACUGAAUGGAGUUAUUAUAAGGUGGUUAUCCCUCUACAUCAGCUCAAAGCAGUCAAUCCUUCAUCAAGCAGAUCCAAUCCUGCUGAAAAGUACAUACAGGUUAUCUCAGUUGAUAACCAUGAAUUUUGGUUUAUGGGCUUCUUGAAUUACGAUGCUGCUGUGGAAUGCCUACAUGGAGCUCUACAAGCCCGUAGCUUAUCUGUGUGAUAAUUUCUGUUGUGACGGGCAUUUUCCUCUAUGUUCAUCGUAAGAUGUUAUGUAACUUUGAACUUUAUAGGUCAAAUUCUUAACAAUGCGACAAUUUAGCAUUUGAUGAUGUAUGUAAUUCUUUUGAAAGUGAUCAACAGUGAAUUUAGAAGCUCAAUAUGGUAUACAU